AGCUGGCUUCAAGUGUUAUAAAUUACUGUUUCUAUUCUAUUUAUCAUUCAAAAGUGUAAUUGGAGGUACUUAUAAGUUAGCCUCUGUGUCUUGUUUUACUGACUAAAACAAAGCUGUUGAGACCCUCUGUUUCACUCCUGCCAUCUCUUUCUUAAUGCUUCUUCCCACACUUUUUGAAUCAGGAAAUCCGGUUUUAAAUCAUGCCUGACGCUGAAGGUCUCUGCACCUCAGUUUUUUCAUCUGUAAAAUGGAUGUGAUAAUAGCAUCCCCUAACUCCAAAUUUGUAUUCUUCCUACUGUACAAAUUACCUCUUGCCAUUUAAUGUAUUCUCUUUUUAGUUGCCAUGAAGGACAGCAGUCUAUACUUAAUGGUGAUUUCCAAGCUGAACCAAGAACCACUGAGAAUCAAAUAUGUCUGUGCUAAGGAAGUUUCCCAUGAACUCCUAGAGGAACAGCCUGGGGUAGUGGAGAGAAGUCCAGUCUUAAAAGUUUGGAAGUCCUGGAUUCAUAUUCUACAUGGAAUCCUAGAGCCUCCCAUACAGUUUUGGAAUUAAAUUAGAGUUAAUUGCAGAUCAUGGAGGGAAGCAUGGCAGAGUCAAUGCUUGUGUGGAUGUAGUCCUCUCGGGAGUGAAGCUCUUGCAGGCACUUGGCCUCAGUCCGGGUGAUGGGGAAGAUCAUAGUGUCUUGCAUUCAAGAAAAGAUCUGGAAGAAGCCUUCAUUCAUUUCAUGGGCAAGGGAGCAGCUGCUGAGCGUUUCUUUAGUGAUGGGGAGUCUUUUCACAACAUCUCCCAGAUAGCAUCAGAGCUCCCAGGAGCCCAGCACUAUGUUGGAGGAAAUGCAGCUUUAAUUGGGCAGAAGCUUGCAGCAAAUUCAGACUUGAAGGUUCUUCUUUGUGGUCCAGUUGGCCCUAAGCUGCAUCAACUACUUGAUGACAAUAUAGUUGUUCCCCCAGAAUCAAUGCAAGAAGUAGAUGAGUUUCACCUCAUUCUGGAAUAUCAAGCAGGGGAGCAGUGGGGACCAUUGACUGCACCCAAUGCCAACCGAUUCAUCUUCUCACAUGAUCUAUCCAAUGGAGCCAUGAAUAUGCUAGAAGUGUUUGUGUCCAGUCUAGAGGAGUUUCAGCCAGACCUCGUGGUCCUGUCUGGAUUGCACAUGAUGGAAGGGCAAACCAAGGAGAUUCAGAAGAAGAGACUUCAGGAGGCCGUGAUUUCUAUCUCUGAUAUACCUACGGAUGUUCCCAUUCACUUAGAGUUGGCCAGUAUGACUGAUCGGGAACUUAUGAGCAGUAUUAUGCAUCAGCAGGUUUUCCCUCUGGUGAAUUCCCUUGGACUGAAUGAACAAGAGCUGCUCUUCCUUAGCCAGUCAGCCUCGGGGCCUCACUCCUCCCUCCCGGCGUGGAGCGGCGUCCCCGACGUGGGGGUCGUCAGCGACAUUCUCUUCUGGAUCCUGAAGGAGCGCGGCAGGAGUAAAGAGAGAGCGUCAGACCUCACACGGAUCCACUUCCACACUCUGGCCUACCACAUUCUGGCAACCGUGGACGGGCACUGGGGCAACCAGCUGGCGUCCGUAGCAGCGGGAGCCCGCGUGGCGGGGACCCAGGCCUGCGCCACAGAGACGAUCGACAGCGGCCGAGUGUCCCUCAAGGCUCCUCUGGAGUUCGUGACUUCCCACUCGGAGGCCGGCUCCAGAAUAGCGGUGAAUCCAGACGAGCCGGUGGCGCAGUGGCGCCGGGAGGGCGUCUCUUUUCAUUUCACCCCCGUCCUGGUGUGCAAAGAUCCCAUCCGGACGGUGGGCCUCGGGGAUGCCAUUUCAGCAGAGGGACUCUUCUAUUCAGAAGCGUACCCUCACUGACGUGAGCGGCGCCGUGCCCGGAGGAGGUGCGGACGGCUCCGACUGUCGGGAGAGCCAGCGAUGGCCAAGAAAUAGAUUUAGGACGUCCCAGCAAGCUUGAGGUCUAAUUGGAGGAUAGCCAAAGAAAUCUGUAUCAAACACAUUCCAGCCUCUUGGCGUUGGCCCAGGAGCGUUUCAGAUUUUAAUCAAGAAAUUUUAGCUCUUUACUGGUAAGACUAGAUGUGUGUGUCUGUGCGUGUGCAUGCAUGUGUGAGUGUGUGUGUGCAUGCAUGUGUGAGUGUGUGUGUGCAUGCACGUGUGAGUGUGUGUGUGCAUGCACGUGUGAGUGUGUGUGUGCAUGCACGUGUGAGUGUGUGUGUGCAUGCACGUGUGAGUGUGUGUGCAUGCACGUGUGAGUGUGUGUGUGCAUGCACGUGUGAGUGUGUAUGCAUGCAUGCGUGUGUUUUGCAGGGAAAAAAUCUCCUUCUCUGCAGUGUCACCAAUGGCUCAUUUAACCCAGCUUCUUAGUAUAAUUUGAAAGGACAGAGAGCUGCAGGGAGGAUUCCUGGUCAGCCUCUGGCCCUGCCGUGCCUCUCCAGGAGGGCAUUGCUUGGUGGCCGGAGCCACCCUCCAUGCGUUGUGAUGUUCGCAGCCUGUCGCCCUCCUGCUCCACAGGAGCGGGAGGAGAGCGGGCGGCCUGCUGUGUGGGAGGGGAAGAGCCGCCUCUGCCCUGGGACGCUGGGUGAGAGCCUCCUUAGCAGAAGGCUAAGUAACUGCUCUGGAAGAUGACUGUUCCUGCUCGGAUCCUUCUCUGUGCAACUGGAAUAUGCCGUCUUCUCGGCCGUGUGACACAGACUUCUUUCCAUUAAAAGGUGCAAGUUGACUCAUCAGAUGCUGCAAGUGUUAGAUCACCAGGAUCAAGAAAACACAGUUUACCAUGAAUUACAUUGUUUUUAUUUUUAUAAUGAGGACACUUUGCUGUGAGCUUUCAGUUUUUUAAAACAUGAUUUACAUUUCAGUUUGCUCAAGAUAAGAACUCUGCAUCUGUUUGGGAAGCUCCCUUCAGCUUGGAAAUGUGAAUUGGGAGCCUCUGUCCCCUCCGGGCUGGUCUGUCAGACUUGUAUGUAGCCCGGCCUCCUCCCAUGUUGUGGGACAUGUCUGGGGGGGGCUGGACAAGCGUGAGGAGGAAGCAAGAAGGCUGACGGGGGAGGGGGGGCCACUCAGGGCAUCUCUCUUGGGCCUUCCUUCCAGGGGAAGGGAGAAGUUUGUGCUUGUUCAUUGGCUGCAAAAGCAAAGCUGAAAAUAAAAGUGAAGGAAGGCCCAGACGUUCUGUGGCAUUCAGACAGGACAGCAGCCGUGCUUUGUUUGGUUUUGACCUUUGCCAGUGCACCACGGGAGCCUCGGGGCUGUGGGAUGCCGUCUCCAAGCCCUGACGGGGAUGGGGGUGGGAUAAGGGGGGUGGCAGUGCGAGGCUGGGAAGACGUUCUGCGGAGGGACGAGUCGUACAACACAGUGAAAAGUACACGGUGCCCACGAGGCCCCGGAAGUACCUGUUGGUGUUCUUUUUGCCCUCCUCCACUAGCUUUGGACAAUUAAAUCCCAGCUUCCCAGCAUGCCAUUUGUCAUCACUAAGUCGAGCGAGCUCAUUUGUUCAGCCGCCGUUGAACUAACUCACUUAGUUUCAAACCUAGAGAGAAGGUCGCUCCAUUCUUCAGGAGAGACGAGAGACGGGGAUCUAAAAUAAACCGUGCAUUAAUCUGUG